UUAAAACCCCCCUGUCUGCUAUAUUUAGCCCUUGAGACGCAAGACCCGAUAGCCUCAAUAUAUAAGCAUCAUGGGUGUAACACUGCCAGCUAAAGUCGACACUUAUAUGAACUCUCACCUCAUGCUGAAAGGAACAGCACCAUACGAUAUUCUCCAGCGGAUACACGACAACUCCCUUGAAAGAGGUCUUGAUGACAUCUCCGUCUCCCCUGCACAAGGGAAGUUCCUCGCAUUGCAGGCCCGACUAGCGCAAGCUGAAAAUAUCCUCGAAGUUGGUACUUUAGGGGCUUACUCAACUGUCUGGUUUACAGCAGCAUCCCCGGACACCAAGAUCACGAGUAUUGAGAUCGACCCUCAUACGUACUCGAUCGCACAGGAGAAUGUCUCGCUCACAGAGUCGAGCGUUUCCAGCAGGAUUAAUCUUAUCCUUGGUAAUGCGAUAGAAGUUCUUCCUGGACUAUUAUCCGAGAUCCAAUCUUCCUCUCGCCCACAUUUUGAUUUUAUCUUUAUCGACGCCGAUAAACAGAACAAUCUGGCUUAUUUCAACUACGCCGCCAGAAUGGCAAAACCAGGGGCUUUAGUCAUUGUAGACAACGUGGUCCGAGGAGGUCUGGUUGUCGAUGAAUCCGCCUGUCAAAACGAUGGUAAAGUUAUUGGCACUAGAGAGUUGAUAGAGGCUAUGAAAUACAACGAGAGAGUUGAUGAUGCCGUUGUGAUACAGACAGAAGGAGAAAAGGGAUAUGAUGGAUUUUUGAUGGUGAUUCUUAAAUAGCUACUGGAUGUUGACAUUGAUUCUGUAUUUUGUUUAAUCGAUCACAAAUCCCA